AUGCCCGCGGGUGCAGCGCCACCGGCCGUGGCAGGCGCUCGCGCGCCGCCUUCAGCCUUCCCGUUCCUGUCGCACCCCGGCAACCCUGACCCAGGAACCCCCAUUCCUGGUGUGGGACGUCGCACUUCGCUGGACAGCAUUCGUGCACGCGAGGCUGCACAGGCCGCUCAGGCAGGGCUUCCUCGCUCGCCCGGCUACGGCACGACUUACCCUGUCGGCGCCGGCGCAGCUGGAUACGGGCUGAUCUCGCCUGGACAGGCGGAGUACGAGGGCGAUCUCGGCCGUCCUUACGCGCCAUUCAUGGAGCACGGUGUUCCUUCCCGUGAGGGGAGCUCGACGCCACCAAGCCCGAUGGCCAGCCAGAAUAACUUGUACAGGAACAGCGCGGCAGCAGCCAUGGCUGGCAGCAGCUCAGCCCUGAACCAGAACUUCGCUCAGGACGGCGGGAUCCCCCGCACCAACUCGAGUCCGGCGAUCAACAUGCGGGCACCAUUCUUGUCGCCUGCGUCGCGGCCGUCAUCGUCUCUCUGGGCGCCGCCGUCGUAUCCUUACCCCUACCCACCCACAGGCACGAACGCGUCGUUCACCGCACUUCCCCGCAAGGCGAAGCCCCUCAUGCCGUCUUCGCGUCUCCCGGAGAAGCUCACCGCCGAAGAAAAGCCGUGGCUGAAGCAGCGCGACUGCCGCGACCGCGCGUCGUGGUGGCUCACGUUUUUCGCGAUGUUUAUCGGCAUCGGUGGCGCUGCGGUGUUGUGCUUCUUCGGGUACACCAGCGUGCAUCUCCUCAAGGACUCGGACAUUUGCAUUGUCAUGGACGAGAACUUCGACGACCUUGACCUGACGACCAGGUGGCAGCGCGACGUCGAGCUCGGCGGGUUCGGCAACGGCGAGUUCCAGAUGACCACGGACUCGAGCGACAACCUCUACGUUCAAGAUGGCCAGCUGUACAUCAUGCCCACGUUCACCUCGGACAAGAUCGGCCGAGAUGCGAUCUUGGACGGCGGUAGCGUUGACCUCGGAGACGCGUGCACGACCAGCAAUACGACUGCUUGCUCCGUCAAGUCCGACAAGAGCCAGAAGAAUGCGAUUCAACCCGUGCAGUCCGCGCGGAUCAGCACGAUGAAUUCUACGUCGAUCGCGUACGGCAAGAUUGAAGUCCGCGCGAAGAUUCCUCGCGGCGACUGGCUCUGGCCCGCGAUCUGGAUGCUUCCCAAGGACAACAAGUAUGGCGCGUGGCCCAUGAGCGGCGAGAUCGACCUCAUGGAAGCACGUGGGAACGCCGCGUCGUAUGCUGCGCAGGGCGUGAACUACAUCCGCGCAUCGCUCAACUAUGGUGUGCUGCAAACCGUCCAAACCCACAUCUUUGGGUGGUGGUCGCAGAAGCAGAGCUCGUUCGACAAGGACUUCCACGUGUACUCGAUGGAGUGGACGCCGGAUUGGAUGCGCUUCUACGUCGACUCGCGCCUGCAGGCGAUGAUGAACCUCAAGAUCACCGGCAAAGGCGGCAAGGACUUCUUCAAGCGCGGAAACUACCCCGCGACGGCCACGAACGGCUCCGCCGUCGCCGUCGUCGUCGAGGACAUCUGGGCGCAGGCGGGCGGUAGCGCUGCGGCUCCAUUUGACCAGGAGUUCUACCUCAUCAUUGACCUCGCGGUCGGUGGCACGAGCGGCUGGUUCCCCGACAACGUCGGCGGUAAGAUGUGGUUCGACGGCUCGCGCGAUGCGAUGUGGGACUUUGCCAGCGCGCAGGACACCUGGGCGGCCACCUGGCCCGAUGAUGCCAACGACCGGGCGUUCCGGAUCGACUAUGUCCGGAUGUACAGCUUGGGCGGUUGCUCAUAA